AUGAUUGUGCUAUUCCUCUUCGCCUUGCUCUGGAUGGUGGAGGGGACCCUUUGCCAGCUCCAUUACACGGUGCAGGAAGAGCAGGAGCAUGGCACGUUCGUGGGGAAUAUCGCCGAGGACCUGGGCUUGGACAUUACAAAACUUUCGGCUCGCCGCUUCCAGACGGCGCCCAACUCCCGCAGCCCUUACCUGGAGCUCAACCUGGAAACCGGGGUGCUCUACGUGAACGAGAAGAUCGACCGGGAGCAGAUCUGCAAGCAGAGCCCCUCCUGCCUGCUGCACCUGGAGGUCUUCCUGGAGAACCCCCUCGAGCUGUUCCGGGUGGAGAUCGAGGUGCUGGACAUCAACGACAACCCGCCCUCCUUCCCGGAGCCCGACCUCACCGUGGAGAUCUCGGAGAGCGCCACGCCGGGCACCCGCUUCCCCCUGGAGAGCGCCUUCGACCCCGACGUGGGCACUAACUCGCUGCGCACCUACGAGAUCACCCCCAACAGCUACUUCUCCCUCGACGUGCAGACGCAGGGGGACGGCAACCGCUUCGCCGAGCUGGUGCUGGACAAGCCGCUGGACCGCGAGCAGCAAGCGGUGCACCGCUACGUGCUGACCGCGGUGGACGGCGGGCAGCCCCAGCAGCGCACCGGCACCGCCCUGCUCACUAUCAGGGUGCUGGACUCCAACGACAACGUCCCCGCCUUCGAGCAGCCCGUCUACACCGUGUCGCUGCCGGAGAACUCGCCGCCGGGCACCCUGGUGCUGCAGCUCAACGCCACCGACCCCGACGAGGGCCAAAACGGCGAGGUGAUCUACUCCUUCAGCAGCCACAUCUCGGCCCGCGCCCGGGAGCUCUUCGGCAUCGCGCCGCGCACCGGGCGGCUGGAGGUGAGCGGCGAGCUGGACUACGAGGAGAGCAGCGUGUACCAGGUGUACGUGCAAGCCAAGGACCUGGGCCCCAACGCCGUGCCGGCGCACUGCAAGGUGCUGGUGCGGGUGCUGGACGCCAACGACAACGCGCCCGAGAUCAGCUUCUCCACCGUCAAGGAGGCGGUGAGCGAGGCGGCGGCGCCGGGCACCGUGGUGGCCCUCUUCAGCGUCUCGGACCGCGACUCGGAGGAGAACGGGCAGGUGCAGUGCGAGCUGCUGCAGGGCGACGCGCCCUUCCGCCUCAAGAGCUCCUUCAAGAACUACUACACCAUCGUCACCGAGGGGCCGCUGGACCGCGAGCAGCCGGGCGGCGACGCCUACACGCUCACCGUGGUGGCCCGGGACCGCGGCGAGCCGCCGCUGAGCACCAGCAAGUCCAUCCAGGUGCGGGUGAGCGACGUGAACGACAACGCGCCGCGCUUCAGCCAGCCCGUCUACCAGGUCUACGUGAGCGAGAACAACGUGCCCGGCGCCUACAUCUACGCCGUCAGCGCCACCGACCGGGACCAGGGCGCCAACGCCCAGCUCGCCUACUCCAUCCUGGAGAGCCAGAUCCAGGGCAUGUCCGUCUUCACCUACGUCUCCAUCAACUCCGAGAACGGCUUCCUCUACGCCCUCCGCUCCUUCGACUACGAGCAGCUCAAGGAGUUCAGCUUCCAGGUGGAGGCCCGCGACGCCGGCGAGGAGCCGCAGCCGCUGGCCGGCAACGCCACCGUCAACAUCGUCGUGGUGGACCAGAACGACAACGCCCCCGCCAUCGUCAGCCCCCUGCCCGGCCGCAACGGCACCCCGGCGCGGGAGGCGCUGCCCCGCGGCGCCGAGCCGGGCUACCUGGUGAGCCGGGUGGCGGCGGUGGACGCCGACGACGGGGAGAACGCCCGCCUCACCUACAGCAUCGUGCGGGGCAACGAGGCCAGCCUCUUCCGCAUGGACUGGCGCACCGGGGAGCUGCGGACGGCGCGCAGGGUGCCGGCCAAGCGCGACCCCCAGCGCCCCUACGAGCUGGUCAUCGAGGUGCGCGACCACGGGCAGCCGCCGCUCUCCUCCACCGCCGCCAUCCAGGUGGUGCUGGUGGACGGCGCGGCCGAGCGGCCCGGCGGCGGCGGCGGCCUGGGCGCGGGGGCGGGCGCGGGGGGCGGCGGCGGCGGCGGCUCCGGCGAGCAUCGCCCCAGCCGCUCCGGGGGGGACACCUCGCUCGACCUCACCCUCAUCCUCAUCAUCGCCCUGGGCUCCGUCUCCUUCAUCUUCCUGCUGGCCAUGAUCGUGCUGGCCGUGCGCUGCCAGAAGGAGAAGAAGCUCAACAUCUACACCUGCCUGGCCAGCGACUGCUGCCUGGGCUGCUGCUGCUGCUGCCCCUGCUGCAGCCGCCAGGCGCGGGCCCGCAAGAAGAAGCUCAGCAAGUCGGACAUCAUGCUGGUGCAGAGCUCCAACGUGCCCAGCAACCCGGCGCAGGUGCCGGUGGAGGAGUCGGGCAGCUUCGGCUCCCACCACCACAACCAGAACUACUGCUACCAGGUCUGCCUCACCCCCGAGUCCGCCAAGACCGACCUGAUGUUCCUCAAGCCCUGCAGCCCCUCCCGCAGCACCGACGCCGAGCACAACCCCUGCGGGGCCAUCGUCACCGGCUACGCCGACCAGCAGCCCGACAUCAUCUCCAACGGCAGCAUUUUGUCCAGCGAGACAAAACAUCAGCGUGCUGAGCUCAGUUAUCUAGUUGACAGACCCCGACGAGUAAACAGUUCUGCAUUCCAGGAAGCAGACAUAGUAAGCUCUAAGGACAGUGGUCAUGGAGACAGUGAGCAAGGAGACAGUGAUCAUGAUGCCACUAAUCGAGGUCAAUCCUCUGGCAUGGAUCUCUUCUCCAAUUGCACGGAGGAAUGUAAAGCACUGGGCCACUCAGAUCGGUGCUGGAUGCCUUCCUUUGUUCCAUCUGAUGGACGCCAAGCUGCAGAUUACCGCAGCAAUCUGCACGUACCUGGCAUGGACUCCGUUCCAGACACUGAAGUGUUUGAAACACCAGAAGCCCAGCCGGGGGCAGAAAGGUCCUUCUCCACCUUCGGCAAAGAGAAGGCCCUUCACAACACUCUGGAGAGGAAGGAGUUGGAUGGACUGCUGUCUAAUACACGAGCGCCUUACAAACCACCAUAUUUGAGUAAGUACUAUUCAAAAAGCUGUAUGAAAGCGUUCCCUUUGCGGGAAUAA